AAAGAGCGUUACACAGGUGGUAGCAGUAAAAUGAUCUGGACCUUUCUUUAUAAAAUAUAAUACCUGUGGGACCACAAGUGUCACAUGCAGUUUAUCUUGUCAAUACUGAGAAACAACAGGCCUGGGAUUGAAACUCUGGACUUUCUGGUCCAUUCUUAGCAAAGUUGAAGAAGUAAUCUUAAUAAACUGUUGCUAAACAGAUGGGAAAUCUCAUUCGCAGUCAGAGCAACAUGGCAAAAACAGAACCGAAUGAACUGUCGCCGCUCACCGGAAAACUGUCCUCAAUCACUGAAGAGUGCGAACACCCUUCUUGCGUUCAAAAAAAGGAAUCAGAACAAGAACAAGCCGCAAACAUGAACACUUUGGAAACUCAGGAAGAACCAAGCGAACAAGAAGGCAGUCGACUUUGGAAGACACUCCGCGCCGGAUUGGGCGUGACCUUGGUUCUUGUCUGUACGAUUUUCUUCGCUCUAGCCGGAGACUUCAUGAAGCUAAGUCACGCCGGAGGUUUCUCCUCUUUCCAGAUCAUUUUUCUGAACCGUACCUGUAUCUUUGCGUUCAACCUCAUCCUUGUUGCGUACGUACGACCUAGUUUGUUAGGAGAAACACGUAAGCAAACUGGGAUGCUCGUUGCGAUGGGGGUUGGGAGAAACAUUGCCACCAUUUUGUUACUAUUCUCUAUUAUUUACGUGUCUCCAGGACAAGCGUAUAGCAUUAUACGCGGGUUAGGACCAGUCUUUACGACGAUAAUGGCACUGGUGUUCUUAAAAGAGGCUGUUGCAAUUGUUAACCUGUGUGGGAUUCUUGUGUGUAUAGUUGGGGUUGUGUUAGUGGCUGUAGGCAUGCAGGAGGGGGAGAGCCUUUCGGAUGAACCUCCGGAAAUCGCCAGAUCAAUUCUUCUACCAUUGUCCGCUGCGCUCAGUAUCUCGGCCAUGAUGGUCCUAGGACGUUCGCUACUGCGUCACACCGUGCAUCUCUUCACGCUCGUGUUUUACAUCCAAGGCAUCGGAGUGAUCAUACUCUUACCCUUGAUGCUGAUUUUCGAAAACCCAGUCUGGAAGCUCGACUCCCAAACGUGGGCGUACGCAUUCGCUCACGCCGGUAGCUACGGCGCCGCCAUGUUUUUUCUGUACGCGGGGUUGAAGUUAGAAAAGGCAGGGAUUGUGCAGACACUAGAAAACGGGGUGAUUCCCUUUUCUUUGCUGUUUGACUACGUGUUGUUGAAAAAGGAACCAACAUACAUGGAGGUUGGGGGAGGGGGGCUAGUGUUGGUGGGGUCCAUCAUUGUUGGGACGUACACAUGGUGGCUAAACAGGCAGGAGGAACGAAGGAAAAAACUGCAGAACGAACUCAACCUUGGGGAUAAAAAAAGCUAUACAAUGGGAGAAGAGAACUGAC